GGUAUGGGUACAACUGCGUCUUGGAACUGAAGUUUCGACCUUUAUGACAGUGUAUGCACCGGCGGAGAGAACAGAGAGGCGCUCCUUUCUCGAAGAAUUACCAGCGAUCAUCCCGAAGACAGAGAACCUCUUCCUUGCUGGGGAUUUCAAUGUAACAUUGGUACCAGGCUUGGACUCACCAUCUUUUGCGCCACCAAAGGCUGAUGCGCUAAUGCUGGCCGCACUGAUGACAGAACAAGGACUGACAGACACCUAUCCUACGAUGCAUCCGACAACACCGGGGUAUACUUGGUUCUCAUCUCAGACGUCCGGGGAUAGCAUCCCGCCGAAGAGGAGAAGAAAGGUUGUAGAGGCAGAAGAGGAACUAGCAAAGGAACCAAUUAUGGAGCUGUACUGGCAACGCAGACGAGACAGAUGGCUGCAAAGGUUGGAGGAUCUGCAAGUGGAGCAGCAAGUGGUUUGGGCCAAAAGAGCCCAGGAAAGAGGCAUACGGACAGCGGACCGGCUAACCAAGGAAACCUUUCAGCGCCUUUGCCCUCAGCGGCAGCAUUCGCUAAUGAGGGAGUUGCAGCACCCUUUUCAUGCCGAGGCACCACCUGCAAAAGACUCGGAAACAAUCGGAGAGUAUGCUUUAGAGUACUUCAGGGACAUCCUUACCUCGCAGCACGAACCAGAUAUGUCUUUGGAAAAACUACGAGAAGAACAGGAUCUCUGGCAGCACACGCACACUCGUCUGAGUCAGGAGGCAGCAACUGCACUUGAGCAACCUUUUACAGCAGAAGAGCUCCAGCAAGCCAUCAAGCACAUGGCUAGAGGGAAAAGCCCGGGCUCUGAUGGGCUGCCAAUCGAGUUCUACAACAUGGCAUGGGAGCACAUUGGCCCAGAUCUCCUAAGGCUUUAUAACCAAGCCCCAAAGGGCUCCAUCCUAACCGAAGAUAUGAAGUUCGGCAUUAUUACGCUCAUCUACAAAAAGGAUGAGAAGUCUAACAUUCGAAACUGGAGACCGAUCUCUAGGCUUAAUGUGUCCUACAAAAUUCUGGCAAAAGCUCUCUCUUGAAGGCUAGCCCCCCAUACACAGCGACCAGGGGGCUUUCAUCCAAGGGAGGUCAAUCGCUGAGAAUAUUUUAAUGGCAGCUGGAGCACUGGAGGUGAUACAAAAGGAGAACAGACAAGUCAUUGCGACAAUGUUGGAUCUCGAGAAGGCCUAUGACCGUGUCAACUGGUCAUUUGUCCUGGCCACGCUGCAGCAUAUGGGCUUUGGACCACGCUUUUGCACUUGGGUCAAAGAGCUCUACAGCGGAUCAACAACAAAAGUCAGUGUAAAUG